ACAUUGCUUCGCGCUCUUCUUUCGCCGUCGUUUCUCUUUCCCCUUUUGUGGAUUGAAGACCAUUGUUCAUUCAUCCUGUUAAUUCAAUUCGUAAAAGGCAUUGCUGAAUUCCGCGCCUCCUUUUCUUUGCGAAGCAGCAGCACCACCACCCAUCGCCAUGCGUUCCUUCCCGCUCUUCGUCCUUGCCGGCACCGCCCUUGCAUCCACGCCGAGCACCCUCCAGAACAUCCUUAAAAACACCGACAACUCGAAUAAAUACAUUUAUCCUACCGAUUUCACGCGUGGUAUCAUUCCGAAACCCUUCCACAGUCAUAAUGAUUACUGGAGAGAUGUUCCCUUUUAUACCGGGUUGUCGUAUGGUGCCAUCUCUACUGAAGCUGAUGUAUGGCUCAUCAAUGGGACGCUUUAUGUUGGCCACGAACAAAGUGCCCUCACAAAGGAGAGAACUUUAGAAUCUCUCUACGUAAACCCGAUCCUCGACACUUUGCACCGCCAAAACCCCAUUACGGAAUUCUCGCCCACAGCAACGAACCACGGUGUCUUUGACGCUUCGAGCGAACAAACCUUGUAUUUCUUCAUCGACCUCAAGACCCCCGGUCCCGAAACAUGGCCUGCUGUAUUAAAAGCCCUCGAGCCUUUGAGAUCCGGGAACUGGCUGUCCACAUACGAUGGGGAGACCUACACGUCCAAGCCAGUGACUGUAGUCGGGACCGGCAACACGCCGCUCGACCUCGUUCAGGAAGCUAAUCCCCGCGAUGCCUUCUACGAUGCGCCUCUUGCGCUCCUCUCCAGCUCCGCUUCUAACCUCACUUCGAAUGACUCUCCGAUCGCCUCAACCGACUUUGAAGCUUCCUUUGGCGAUGUGCGCAAUCAGGAGUUCAACACUACACAGCUCGAGUCGCUGCGUGCGCAAAUCACUGCCGCGCACGACAAGGGGAUCAAAGUGAGGUACUGGAAUCAGCCUUCCUACCCCAUCGGCACGCGAAAUGCCGUCUGGCGCACACUGUGGGACGAGGGUGCCGACUUUUUGAAUGCGGAUGAUCUAGAGGGUGUGGCUGGGUUUUGGGAGGCCAAGGGGUAG